AUGUGGCGGUCACAGACCCUCAUCGUCGCCCUCGCCGCCUGCCUCAUGGCAGUGGCGCCAGCCCAGGCAAUCCUCAACAACACUGUAACCCAGUGGGAGGCGCAGGCGCAGCAGGCUGUGCGCUCUAUUGGGAUCCAAAACCAGUUGUCCAACAGGCUGUACGGUCUGGUGGCGCUGGCCCAGUUGCACGCCAUCGAGAAGCUUUCCACGCUCGACCCCGUCAUCGCUGCGGGUGGUGCUGGUCACGCGGUGCUGUCCAUUCUGUUCCCCUCGAACCAGUCUGCCGAGUACGACGGGCUCCUGAAGAAGCAGCUCGACGCCGCCACCGGGGGCAAGGCCCUCACCGACGCCCAGAAGGCUGGCCUGAAGGCGGCCGCCGCCCUGGCUGGUGACCUGGUGCGCAACCACACCGGCGGCGCCUCCGCCGAGUACUCGGGCUUCAAGUUCGGGGCGCCCGGCCCCUUUGUGUACCAGCUCGCCCCCGGACAGAAGUACGCGCUCUACCCCCAGCUCGGGAACGCCAAGCCCUUUGUGGUGCCCCAGCCUGAGCUGUCAGCCAUCGUGACCAACACCGACGCCGCCAAGGGGCCCGUCUUCAAGGUGCCCCCGAUCUCGGACUACGAGACCGCGCGCAAGCUGGGCGCCAACACCACCGACAAGGCACUCGGCGAGACCGCCCUCUUCUGGGCUGACGGUGCCAACACCUCUGCGAUCAGUGGUCACUGGCUUGACAUUGCGAAGAGGGUGCUGCCCUCCACCCUGAGCGUCAAGGACAGUGCCCUGUUCUUUGCCAAGGCCUUCACAGGCGCCUGGGAUGCCAGCAUUGCUGCUUGGAAGAUCAAGUACUCCACCCUGCACUGGCGCCCCGUCACCGCCUUCCGGGCCGGCUACACCGGCCCCGACGGCCCGGUUGCAGCUGACAAGGAGUGGACUGGCUUCCUCACCAGGACCCCGCCCCACCCCGAGUACCCCUCCGGCCACCAGGCCACCGUCGGUGCGCUGCUGGAGGCGCUGGUGCGCCAGCUGGGCACAGACAAGGUGGAGUUCUCCAUUGGCAGCGAGGGCACCCCUUUCCUGCCGGAGCGCAAGUACACCGAUCUCACCACCCCCGCCGUCGAGGUUGGUGACAGCCGCCUGUAUGGUGGAGUGCACUUCAACACGUCCAACGUCGACGGCCUUAUCGUCGGUCGCGUGGUCGCCAGCAAGGCGUGGGACUCGCCCUUCUGGAACACCAAGGCUGCAGCCAGCGCCCCAGCCAAGGCCAGCACCCCUGCGGCCAAGCCCAGCGCGCCCAAGGCUGGCAGCCCGAAGCCCAGCGCGCCCAAGGCCGGUGCAUCCCCCAAGCCCGACGCCGCCAAGCCCGCUGCCCCCACGGACAAGCCUGCUGCCACCAAGCCUUGA